AGGUCCAGUAAGUUCGGAUCUGCAUAACAUAACAAAUUAAGCAGCAAAAGUAGUUAGUAAACACAAACUUAGGGAAGGAUGGGCAGGUCUGGGAAGGCAAAGGUGGGAUUGAUGAUGCUGUUGCUUACAGUUUCCAUGUUGUUGCCUCGUCAUCGUGUAGGUGCAGCCAUAACAUGCGAACAGGUCACAUACCUCCUUAUUCCAUGCAUUAGCUAUGGGGUUUUUGGAGGGACAGUGGCUCCAAGUUGCUGUACGGGUAUUAAAACUCUGGACGCGGCUGCCAAAACCACCGAAGACCGCAGGAAGAAAUGUAACUGUAUUAAGGAAGGUGCUGCAAAAAUCCCUGGACUCAACUACGACCGUGUUAAUGAGAUCCCUGCAAAAUGUGGAACUACUUGUCCCUACAAGGUCACCCCUGAUGUCGAUUGCUCCAAGGUGAACUGAUCAGACUCAACCUGCCACUGCCAUUGCAAGCGUGUUAUGUAGAGUUUCUUCUACCUAUAUACAAUGUCAGUGUAGAAAUUUCUAUCUAUCAAAUUAAUAAGACCAAUGAUUUGUCAAA